CUUAACUUUUUCAGCACGACAAAAAAACAAAAAAAACAUGAGAGCCACGAAUCCGGUCCUGGUCGGUGCCUUCCUGGCCCUGCUGCUGCUCUGCCUGCCCAGUCCGGGUCAUGGAGAAUCCUACUUCGGGGACAGCCACUGCAGUUUACAAGCCAUCCAAGAUGUCUCCACCUUCCACCUGUCGGUGGAGAUCAAGACGGGUCGGCGGAGCGGGCUGCUGUUACUGGCUGCAGGAAUGGAGGACUACCUGUUCCUCGAGCUCCAAAACGGGAAAGUACAGGCACGAAUGAACAUGGGGGCCGGUGAGGUGACGCUGUCCUCGUCCCAAGGAGUGCAGCUGAACAACCUCCUGGACCACAAAAUCUCCCUCACACUGCAAGACGGCAAACUCACCAUGACAAUCGAUGAGCUCUUCCCAACAUAUGUUCCCGUGGAUGACGACAACGAACAGCUCAAUAUCGACAUGGGCAUUUGGCUCGGAGGAACCGGAGACCUGGACGCCCCCUACAUUACCAACGCCAUUCCCCCCUUCCGCGGCUGCAUGACUCAAGUCAAGUUUGAGUCCCACCAGUUUGAUAUUCUCAGCAAGGCGUUUAAACAAUGCCACGACACAAAGGAAUCCUGCAGCACCGAGUUUGAGGCCGGUGACGGGGAGGCAACUAGUUUCAGCACACCUGAUUCCUUUGUGUCCUUCCCGACAUGGAGCGGGGCUAGUGGCGCUCCAAGGGUGUUAGAAAUCCUCAUGAAAACCACCAUUGAGGACGCGUUACUUGUUUUCCACCCUGGCCGAGAGUCAGACUUUAUUGCUAUUGGUCUUGUGAAAGGCUAUCUCAAAGGCAUUCUGGACCUCGGCAGUGGCUUGGAGGUACUGGAGAAUACCCAGGUGCAGAUGGAUGAUGAUCAGUGGCAUAGAGUUAGGGUUCAAGUCAGUCGGGACUCUUUUGUCAUGAAUGUGGACAGCCAGUCUUCCUCCCUUCCUCUUGACUCAUCACAAACAUUGGACCUGGUUGGAAGCUUGUACCUCGGAGGCAUACAGGGGAAAAUGAAGCCCGUCUUUCAAGAGAGCGGUUCCUUAAGUCGCGUAGAAGAGGAAAUGACAGCAGAGUCCUUCAUUGGUUGUUUGGGGGAAAUCAAAGUGAAUCAGAAAGAUAGAAGCCUGCAGGACGCCUUGGUGACCAAAGACGUUCACGUUAAAUGUGAAGGAGAGGAAUACGACUACUCGAGUUACUACGACACGGACGCAACGACGUCGCCACCUGUUCGCAUCCGAUUUGUGAAUAUGGGCACCACCAACCAGCAUUGCUACCCGACAGAGGAUACGCCAGAGAUGUUCCGAAACGUGACAAACCUUCUUGACGUCACCCCUUUGCUUGUGCCCGAAGGUGGGGAAGCUACACUUUUUAUCGACAACCUAAAUCCUACGUUUGACCUCAGUGCUGUCGGAAUGCGUCAAUCCCAGAUCAUCUUCACUAUCCAGAAUGAUCCCUGGUACGGCUUACUUGAUAUUAACACGAAUACGAAACGCACUCAAAAGUUCACUCUUCUUGACGUCAUCAAUGAGAAGAUUAAAUAUAUGCACGAUGGGAACGAGAGGCACACAGAUCAAGUCCAGCUGCUUGUGGUUGCGGAAAGUAACGGCUACCUUCCAGAAUGUUUAAAGACUCCUCAGGAGUACGUCCUCCCGGUUGAAAUUCUUCCCGUCAAUGAUAUACCGCAACUUGGUGGAGGAGAAAUCACCGUCACGGAAAACGGCAGAACUCGUUUGAGUCCCGCCCUUAUCAAAAUCACAGAUUCUGACACCCGAUGUGACGAAUUAAUAGUAACUGUGACCUCAGAGCCUUCCAUGGAAGUCGGUUACUUGGAAAAUGGUCAGCAGCCAGGAAGGAGCAUUUCAGAGUUCACUUGCAGGGAAUUAAAAGAUGGAAAUAUCUAUUUCAUACACCGAGGGGGUAGAGCUGCUGGAAUUACUUUGGAGGUGUCUGAUGGACAGUCAGUAAGCCAUUCAACUACAUUUCAGUUAUCUGCGACACAGCCACACAUGACUAUUGUCACCAACACUGGCCUUCUCUUGUCUCAAGGAAGCAACGCUUCCAUCAGUAGUCAAAGUCUGGCCGUCGUCGCUCACCCUCGUAAUGGAGAUAUUAUGUAUAACAUCACGCAACCUUUGAUAUUUGGAGAACUACAAAUAAAGACGAGGGAGGGAAUGUACAAGCAGGUUACAACUUUCAGUCAAUUUGAUCUGGAUGAAGACCAUCUGAGUUAUGUCAGCACAGACUCGACUGACCAGGAAGAUAUUGUGACCGAGCGGAUUCAAUUCAACGUCCACCUGGGACAGUUCUCCCUCUGGAACCACACCUUCUUGGUCAAGAUCAUCCCUGCACAAGUGAAAGUUUCUACCUUGGUUCCCUUAGAGAUGGAGGCGGGUGAAGAGCAAACAAUCGGACUCAUGGAGCUUCAAGCCGAAGUAAGAGGGAAAAACCCAGAUCCUCAAACUAUAAAAUACAUCCUUGUCAAGCCUCCGACACUCGGUAGUCUCCAUUUGUCAGACAGAGAGUUGAAUGAGGGGGACAUCUUCACACAGAAGGACAUUUUGGACAAUAUGAUUAGCUAUGGUGUGCAUGUGCAAAGAUCUCUGGAUAGUACAGACCAGUUCCAGUUCAGAGUCCAUGUUGAUGAUCAGUUCUCCCCUCUAUACACCUUUCCAAUUACCAUCCUCGACAAUGCCGACGCUCCCGUUAUGACCAUUGAGAGGCUGGUUGUCUUGCAGGGUGGUGAAAAUACUCUGAACAAGAACUACCUUUGGACAGAGUCUCCGUUUUCUACAGAUUUUAUGUACCACGUCACAGAGGGGCCAAGGUAUGGGCGACUGAUCAGGGACUCCCCGCUCGGGCAGCCGAGAUUUGAGGGGGCGAUAAGAGUGUUCAGCAACGAAGACCUCCAGUCUGAAAGGCUCAUUUACAAGCACGACGGCUCUAAGACCAGCAGUGACGAGUUCCGCUUUUCAGCAACGGACCAAGGAGCGGAAAAUGCCGACGAGGGAACUGUUUAUGGAGUGUUCAGAAUAUCCGUCCAAUCCAAGAACGAGCACGCUCCCGUGAGGGUCGUGGACAAAGUCUUCAACAUAGUCCGCCACGGUCAGCGUCUGCUAACCACCGACGUCAUCCAGUUUAAAGACGACGACUCCGAUUUCAACGACACCCAGAUCGUCUACGCUCGCGAGGGAAUCCUCUCGGGCAACAUCGUCUCGACGUCAAACCCCUCGCAGCCCCUGUUCCGCUUCACGCAAGCCGACCUGCGAGACACGAACAUCCUCUUCAUUCACCACGGGGCCGACCGGGAGCGGUUCUCCCUGCAGGUGUCGGACGGCUUCCACAAGACCACCGCGCUGCUCGAGAUACAGGCGGGCGAGCCCUACCUCCGAGUGGUGAACAACACCAUCAUCGUCAUCGACCACGGAGGCACCAAGACCCUGAACACCACCCUGCUGAGCGCCGACUCCAACAUGGACAUCAGAGACGACGGCGAGAUCAAGUUCCGGGUCACGUCGCCGCCCGCCGACGGCAGGAUUAUCGUGAGCGGCAUCGAGGCGGCGGAGUUCACCCAGGAGGACCUGAAAAAGGGCGUCGUCUCGUACGAGCACAGUUAUGAAAGUCUCCGAUCCAAGGACACCUUCGGCUUCAGCGUCCAGGCGAGAGGACAUUCUGAAGAAGGCACAUUCAGGAUUAAAAUAUUCAAGCAAGGUUACCUCUCGGAGCCCGAGGUGAUUACCAAUGAGGUCAUCAUUUCCUAUGAGGGAGAGCACACUGUAAUCACCCAGGAUUAUCUCAAGGUGGAUCAAGCUGAUAUUCUUUCCACAGAAAUGGUGUUCACCGUCAAGGAACCCCCUCGCCUCGGCCACGUGGUCAAGCUGACGAACGGCUCGGACGCCGCGGCCUCGCCCGUCCUCGAAUACAUCCACUCCUUCACCCAGGAGGACAUCGAUCAGGGACGCAUUCUCUACGUGUCGGCAUCCAUCCAGGGCGACGACGCCUUCACGGUCGAUGUCAGCAAUGGUUUCACCACCGUGGAGGACCUGCGCGUCUCCGUGAACAUCGUGCCCCGGCUCAUCCCCGUCCAGACCUUCAACUUCACGGUGAAGGAAGGUUUCAGCCGGCCGAUAGACGCCGACAUCGUGAACAUCUCGCAUCCCUUCUACACCUCGGCGAACAUCGACUUUGUGGUGGAGGAGGCGCCGCAGCACGGCGAGAUCCGCUACCUGGACGGAGACGAAGUGACUUACUUUACAUGGGAGGAGCUGAAACUUGGACACGUCUACUACAUGCACGACAGCACCGAGAGCACGGAGGACAGUUUCACGCUCUCCGCCUCGGCUUACGAGAUCGAGCGCCGCAGCCUCCCCGUCUCCAUCUCGGUGACCGUCACGCCGGUCAACGACGAGCCGCCCAAACUGACGCGCAACACCGGACUGGAGGUCCUCGCCGGAGAAGAAGCAGAUAUCACGUCCAGCAUGCUGAACACCGACGACGACGACUCCCCGGCGGAGGAGCUGGUUUACCACGUCGAGGCGCCGACCGGCGGCGCCGUGGCGUUGAAGGAGGCGCCCGAAGACGCCAUCUUGAAUUUCACCCAGGCUCACAUCAACAAUGGGGAGGUCAUCUUCAUCCACGAGGGCGAGGAGUCCGGCGGCUUCAGCUUCACGGUGACGGACGGCGAGCACACGUCGCCUCUCUACCGGUUCGUCGUCACGGCCAGGCCUCUCACCAUCACCAUGGUAACGCAGGAGGAGCUCAUGGUGUUUCCAGGGACGAGGCAGUCCAUCACGAGUGCCAAUCUGGGGGCCGUGACCAAUGAGGAUGGCAAUGAGAUAAACUACUCUCUCAUCCGCCCCCCUCGCUUGGGGAGACUCAUACUGGCCAACGACAGGAACCAGUAUGAGGAAAUUACUGGCUUCUCACAAACACAGCUGGAGUCGGGCGUGGUCUACUACGAGCACCAGAUCCCCGAGGAGCCCUUCUGGGCGGUGAGGGACUCCGUGAAGCUGUCUCUGUCCUCCCAGCCGGCCCCCGAUGUCCGCCACAUCCUGCCCAUCUCCGUGUCUUACGGCGCCGCUCACAGCGGCGUCUCCUCGCAGCUGUGGAAGAACAAAGGUUUGGAAAUGGUCCAAGGCCAGAGGAAAGUCAUGGAUGAGUCCGUCCUCGAUGCCUCCAAUCUCCUGGCGAGCCUCCCGGAAGCUGAGCGUCGCGAUGUGGAUGUGGUUUUUGAGAUCCAGCGUUUCCCGGACCACGGUCGCAUCACCCUGGGGGGCCGGGACCUUCCCCGCAACGCCCCGUCUUUCAUGCAAGAAGACGUUACCCAAGGGUUGCUGGAGUAUCUCCACGACGACUCGGGGGCUCCCUCCGACAGCUUCUCUUUCAGAGCCCGUCUAAAGUCCGAGGGUCCGGCUCUGCCCCCGCCUGCCAAAGCCCUGGUCCUGGAGGAGAUAUUUAACAUCUCGAUCAAACGCCGCGGCUCCGACUCCCCCGAACUCGUCACCGUCGACAUGCUCUUGGAGGUUCUUCAGGGCUCCAUGACCCUUUUGACUCAGAAGCACCUGAACACUCAAGACGAGGACAGUCCGCCGGACGAGGUGCACUUCAAAGUGACCAAAGCGCCCGGCAACGGCCGACUGGUUGACUCCCUCACGAUGGACCCCAUCUCCGGGUUCUCGCAGGAGAUGAUCAACCGCGGGCAGGUGGGCUUCUUCAGCGACGGCAGCCUCGCCGAGGGCUUCAUCGAAUUCGUCGUGUCGGACGGCGAGCAUCAGACGGAGCCGCACACGCUCCACGUCGGCAUCCUCGCUCGCACCUUGUUUCUCGACAAAGCUCCCGAGAUCAAGGUGAAGCAAGGCGACGACGAGACCCUGGUGACCGAGGAGAUGUUGAGAGCCACCACCGGGGGUCCGGUUGAGGAGGACAUCCUUUACAAGAUUACAAGCGUGCCGAAGUAUGCAUCUGUCAUGGUGGAUCGGCAGCCGACGUCCGCCUUCACUCAGAAACAGAUCAAAGAAGGCCGGGUCAGCGUCCGCUUCGUCAAGUCCACUUCGCCUCGAGACAGCGUUGCCUUCGUGGCCAGUAGCAGGGCCGCCAAUGUCUCCUCGGUCCUCAACAUCACGGUCCAGCCUCUGGCCAACAUCGCUCAGGAUCCUCUCUUACCCCAAGGCGCUCUUGUCCAAUUGGACAGGAGGCUUCUGGAUGCGACUCCCCUGGCAAACAAAACCGGAAGCUCCCCCACGUUCACCGUCAUCCAACAGCCCCGCGGCGCUCGCUUCGUGAGGUCUGGAGGUCCUGGUGCCGGUCAGCCGGUGGACACAUUCAGCCAGAAGGAGCUGGAUGAGGGCCGGGUUGCCAUGGAGAUCCUUACCCCUUCUGGGUCCCAAGAUAGUGUCAGUCAGGACGAGGCCCGCUUCCUGCUCAAAGCCCACGGGGUCCCUCCAGCAGAAUGUGUGCUGUCCUUCCAGACGGGCCCCUACAAUGCAUCCGUGGUCUACCCUGCCACUCUGUUGAGGAUUCCCUCAGAAGUCCCAUCGAAGGACAGUAAUGACCUCCCCGGCGCCGGGUCCCCUCGUUCCACUUCAGCUAGCCCCCGCUGGAAGGGCGACAUGGACCGGACCCACGGAGACGGCCCCACAACGACGUCUUCUGACCCUCGCUCCAACGGGAAACCGCACGUGACCAGACGCAGCAACUUCUGGUCUAUUCUCAUUCCGAUCCUGGUGAUCCUCCUCCUCCUGCUGCUGGCGGCCAUCUUGGCCUGCUACCUGAUCCGUAAAAACAAGACGGGCAAGCACGACGUCCAGACCGCAGCGUGCAAGCCUAAAAACGGAGAGGUGGCCAGCGCGGAAACCUUUCGCAAAACCGACCCGGCUAAUAACAUCCCCAUGUCCAAUAUGGACGCCAAAGACGCGGACCCGGAGUUGUUGCAGCACUGUCGGACAACGAACCCGGCCUUGAAAAAGAACCAGUACUGGGUCUGAGACACUUUGACACAAGACACAGAGGGAGGUGAUCCGUCAGUGUUUGGAAGUCUCCUCAAAUCAUUCCUCUCAGUAUUAAAGACCUCUUGCCUCACCAGUUCAAAUGAAAAUUAUCUUUUCACACAAUUUGUUCUUUACUUAUCUCAACAUAACUGUGGACAAAUUCUCAGGCAACGAAACACUGAAUACUUAUUGGUAAAGAAAGGCGCUCGCGUAUCUAAGGAGGCUCAGGCCGUGUCUAUUUAUUUUAUAAUUUUUAGCAUUCCUCUUGUCAAAGGGCACAAAUAAAGACAUGAACAUGCCAUGUGUUUGCAAAAAAAGUAUCCUGGGUGUGCUCUGUCAUUGUAUUCCAUAUGAUAUCAUAGGCCAAUAAUAUUCAUUUCAGUGGAUAGGUGAUAUAAAGUCGUUGUGAUGUUUUGAAUUUAGUGUUUGAUUCAUCGGGAGUCGAUGAGCCUUGUGCAUAGACGAUGAGGUACAUAUAUGCUGUAUUAUCGAGAAGUUGAAAAACUGCCUCUUUGUAUUUUCUCUUUUAUUUUUCAAUAUUUUUUAAGGUACCGUCGUAGCCUAUUGUGUUUCUCAGGGCUAAAUUCAGUUUAAAGGAAAAGUGCAACAUUUUGGAAAAUGUUGGAAAGUAUUGCAAAUUAGAAGAUUGAUUCCACUACGAGGUUACAGCGAGGAGAUUUUAAUUUAGCUCAAUCUAAGAGAGAAUUAUCUAGGCUGGUUCCAUCCAGAGGUAAAAAUAUAUCCACUGUCAAGAGCCUCUAAAGUUUCUUACUCCCAAGUCGUCAAAUACUGCGAGUUAAUCAGUACGAAAUAAAGUUAUGGCGGGAGCAAAUUAGGAAGUUAGGUCAUGUAGUAUAAAAAGCAACCUGGUAUUUACUAUAACUACCUGCAAGGCAAAGUAUUAUGAAAGUAAAAGUAAAUUUUUUAUUUUUUAUUUUUUAUUUUUAUAGAAUACUAUGGAUAAAGCAUUCAUGAAAACACCCCACAAUGAACACUAUUACGCUGUCUACUCGAUUACUAAAAGGUAAUUAUUUGUUUCCAUUGUACUUUUGUUGCCUAAACCUUAAAACAACGUUGUGGAAACCGGAAGUUUAUUUUGAAAGGACAAUAAGAGGAAGUUGAAAAAAAAUGGCGGUAGAUACGAACCUAGAGCGUCAUAGUUUAAUGCGCAGUGCCGCUGAGGGAACUGUCGCAAUAGAGGAGUUGGGAGUGAGGACGUGUUGUAAAGUGUUUCACGGGGGGUGACGAGGCAGAAUAAUUCUGACCUGGCUAGCUGAAACGAGCUAGCUGUCUAGCUCAUUUCAGCUAGCUUGUUUCAGCUAGCCUGUCUGCUAGCCUAAGAUCACUGUUGUGACGUCACAUUUAACAGACAGGAUAUGACAGCGCCAUAUUUCCUCUAACUCACAGCGAAUAAGCCCAAACGUGUCCCAAAACUAUUACUUUAACGUCUUCACACGAUAAAGUUUCAGUAGUUUAGCUUUCGUGUGGAAAAAAUAUAUAUUUAAAAUAAAAUACAUAUUGAAUUUAGCUCGGAGUUAUGUCAUCCUCCGUCGUAGGUUAUUAUUUCUACACGCUUCCAGAGUGCUUGUAAAUAUUCACUGGACUUAAAACUACACAGUAUACAGUUUGCAGGAGGUUAAAGUUGGUCUUUAACAGGCCAAGUGAGGUCAGGCAAGGUCAUCUCACACUGGGAGGUUUCCUGGGAUGAGGAUAAUGAAUACAAUGCUCCGAUUAGGUACAUUGAGGUACUUUUUUUAAAAUCUUCACAGCUUUAUUUUAAGCAUUCCAUGUGUAAGCUAAAUAUAAAAAACUGUCAUAUAUUGAAAAUUACAUUUUUUUUUACUCUUUAGACUUGUUUUGUAUGUUGAAACUGAGAAGCAUUUUACUGUAAAUCAGUCUCCUUUUGUUCCUGUCUGUACGUCUUUAUCCCGAGAGUCUUUAUCUGGUGGACGGAUGUUGAAUGAAGUUCUUCAAGUGAAGGAGAAAGUGUAAAGAUUUUUGGGGGUUUUGGGGAUUCACUAAAAAAAUGACUUUUCUAAAAGGUGUUUUAACUAUUUGCUGUACAUUUCUUUUCUCAAACUGUAUACCGAUGACACCGUAUUCGUUGUUAGUCAUAUACUGAUACAAUAGUUUAUUUGCAGUAUUCAUCGCCUAUUGAAUUUAUGUUGUUGUAGCUUCGAGAGCAGGAAAUGUGAGAUUUUAACAGACCGCACCGAGCUCAGGAAGGGAAGUGUUCGAGUAGGUUGUGUGACGUCUUUUACAGAUAGCUGAAAUAAAAUUAUUGGUUUCCCCUU